GUAACUCAGCAGGUCAGGCAGCACCUCUGGAGAAAAGGAAUAGGUGACAUUUUGGGUCGACACCCUUCUUCAGACUGAGAAUCAGGGGAGAGAUAAAUGAAAUAUAGACAGUACUUGGGGCAAAUGAAUGGAAGUUAUACAAAAAGCAAUGAUAAUCAAGGAAAUGUGGUCCAUUGUUGGUUGUGGGAUAAGUUAUAUCGAGUUAUACAGGACGACAUUGAAACUAGUGCGGCAACUAGUGUGGGAAAUGUAUGAGGUUGGUCAAUGCUAUUUCAGUCAGAAAUACUUUGCAGAAUUACAACGUUUUCACACAAGAUUGUGCAGUGCAUUUCAGUUUAGUUCAGUUUAUUGUCACGUGGACCGAGGUACAGUGGAAAGCAAAAUCCAUAAUUAAAAUAAGAUUGUAAAUCGACAGUGUUGCAAUAAGCAACUGAGAACUUGCCCUUUCAUCAGAGGUUUAGCUAAUGGGCACCAAAAUAACAAAGAUUCAUUUUCAACCAGCUCAGGGGUCGAGUUCUAUUAUUUGUUACUGAGCCAGCUGGAGGGGAGGUGUGUCUUAAAGAUUAACUCGUGAAGCACUAUUUAAGCAUCAGGAGAACCAUUGACUUGGAGCAGUUAGCUCUGACAAUCCACCUCAAGCUAUGGGUUUAGCCAGUCAUGUCUGGUGCUUCCGAAAGUUGAUCAUUAUUUUGUUCUGUCCUCUGUUACUCCUGCCGCUGCCUCUCAUCGUCAAGACUAAAGAGUCUGAAUGUGCUUUCACCAUGCUGGUUGUGGCGAUAUAUUGGCUAACGGAAGCCAUGCCACUUUCUGCAACAGCUUUACUCCCGGCACUCAUGUACCCGCUCUUUGGCAUCAUGAAAUCCUCAGAGGUUGCUUCCGCCUACUUCAAAGAUUUCCACGUACUGUUGAUCGGCAUUAUUUGCUUGGCCACUUCUAUUGAGAAAUGGAAUCUACACAAGAGAAUAGCCCUGAGGAUGGUGUUGAUAAUGGGAGUCAAUCCUGGACGGCUAAUGAUGGGGUUUAUGCUCAGUUGCGUUUUCCUCUCUAUGUGGCUCAGUAAUACCUCCACUGCAGCUAUGGUGAUGCCCAUCGUUGAGGCCGUUCUUCAACAGAUCAUGAAGGCAGAGGCGGUGACCGAUGAUGCUCACAACACUACGAAUGGAUUCACGAACCGGGCCUUGGAAGUGAAUGGUAAGAUACCUGCUGACAUCCCACAUCCAGGUGCCACAUGGAGUGCAAAAUGUAUCAGAAUAUCUCCCAAUGAUUCUCGAGCGUUAUUUUUUUUUCUCCGACAGGCUGCAAAAGAAAGUGUGAGCAAAUAUAAAAGUGAGAAAGACAGUAACUUAUGCAAAGGAAUCUGUCUCUGCGUUGCUUACUCUUCCACUAUCGGAGGAUUAACUACAAUCACCGGCACCUCCACUAAUCUUAUUUUUGCUGAGGAACUCAACAUGCACUACCCCAAAUGCCACUGUAUAAACUUUGGGUCUUGGUUCAUACUAGUCUUCCCGAUGACUGUGAUCAUUGUGGUUUUAUCCUGGGUCUGGCUGCACGUGCUUUACUUUGGAUUCAACUUUUCAAAGACAUUUGAAUUCCGCAAAGAAAAAAGCAACAGGGAGAAAGCAUCAAUAAAAUUGAUUGAAGAAGAAUACAAGAAACUGGGACCCAUGGGGUAUCAGGAGAUUGUCACCCUCACCAUAUUUUGCUCCAUGGCUUUGUUGUGGUUUACACGGAAUCCAGGAUUCUUCCCUGGAUGGUCCAAUCUAUUUCCACAGUACAAAGGCUUUGCCACGGAUUCCACCGUCGCACUCUUCCUAGGAAUUCUAUUUUUCAUCUUGCCUGCUGAGAAUCCUGCUUCAGUUAUAAAAAAGAGGGGGAAGGAGUACACUGCACUCAUUACUUGGAAAGAGUUCCAGUCAUGCAUGCCUUGGGAAACAUCAAUACUUGUUGGUGGCGGCUUUGCCCUGGCAAAGGGUUCUGAGGUAUCUGGGCUUUCUUUAUGGGUGGGGGGCAAAUUGGAACCUCUUGGCAGUCUGCCCCCAUGGCUUAUCGUACUGGUGUCCUGUCUGAUUGUGACAAGUGUCACAGAGGUUGCAAGUAACCCGGCCACGAUCACAAUCUUCCUUCCAAUUCUAAUUGCCUUGUCUGAAGCCAUUCAUAUAAAUCCACUUUAUUUAUUAAUACCCUCAACUCUUUGCACUUCAUUUGCAUUCCUCCUGCCCGUGUCCAAUCCUCCAAAUGCUAUAGUCUUUGGGUACGGCCAUCUUACAGUCAUGGACAUGGUAAAAGCAGGAUUGGGUCUUAAUUUAAUUGGCGUUGUGGUCGUGAUGGUAGCGAUAUCAACGUGGGCAAUUCCAAUGUUUGAUCUCAAAACAUAUCCCUCGUGGGCAAAAGAUCUCAGGAAUGCAACAGCUCCAUAGCAUCUAGGAUGUACGCGAACAGGCAGAACAUGACUGGGAAUCCUAUUGCUAUUAAUGUGAACGAUGAAGACACUUUCUUACAGUGAGACUUUCAAAAGUCGCAGGUUAUACAAUAAGGUUUACAGCAUCUUCAUUUCUAGACUUCACUUCUUCCAACAAAAGACCCAAACUGCAACAUAGAAUAUAUAAUGAAAAUUAUAACUGGAAUACUGUAUCCAUUUAAGACAAUUGGAAGUACUUGCUACUGUGACUUAGUUGAAACUUCCGUUGUCAUUUUAUGAAUGUAUGACUUACAAUUAAUUUGCUAUACAUUCCACUUACAAAACUUCCAGAUUUGCACAAAAGCUUUUCCUGCCUGUGGUUGCAUUAUACCCUUUAUUCUGAGAUUCGACUGAAAUGUUACAUAACUGAUUAAGUUACUUGCCUGAAGGAUCAGAUAUUGUACUUUGCGGCAUUUUGAGGUCAUGUAAAAUAUUGUUCAAAUGCAAACAUUGUCUUGCUUUAUGUUGUUAGUUGAAAUGGAAUAUAUUGUAUUUGAACAAAUGCACAAUGCCUUCACAAUAUCGUAUGUACUUGUUCAUAAGCUUGUGUUCAUAAGUGAUAGGGGGAAGAUUAGGCCAUUCGGCCCGUGAAGUCUACUCCCCCAUUCAAUCAUGGCUGAUCUAUCUUUCCCUUUCAACCCCAUUCUCCUGCCUUUUCCCCAUAACCUCUGACACCCGUACUAAUAACCAGUACUAAUCACCCCACUGGUGCAGGGUAACAUUGAAAAGGCACCAGGUUCAAAACCCUUCAUCAGUGUUUUUUCUCAGGAAAAUAGGAGUGGUGACGUUUCGAGGUCGAGACUCUUUUUGCUUUUUCUGUCAACUUAAAUCAGGUUCAUUGUCCCAUGCACAAGCAUAGUGACGUACAGACACAAUGAAAAUCUUGAAAGGCACUUCUUGCAUCAUCCUCAUUUCUAUUCAUAUCAAUCAUCAAGGUUUAAAUACUUGUUUUGCUUGCUUUGUGGCUCCUUGGAACAAGUUUGGUCUGAAUUCCGUCACCCAAAACAAGUGUUGAAAGGAACUGCAGAUGCUGGUUUACACCGAGGAUUGACACAAAAUGCUGGAGUAACUCAGCGAGUCAGGCAGCAUCUCUGGAGAGGAGGAAAUGGUGACGUUUUGGUACAAGACCUUUCAUCGGAUUCGGGUUGAGACCAAUCUUCAGACAGAGUCAGGGAAGAGGGGAAACAAAAGAUAUGAAAAGGUACAUGUAACAGAUGAAUGAAAGGUAUGCAAAAGGCCAAAUGAAUGCCAGCAGUGAUGAUCAUGGAAAGGUGAAAUACUGACGUCUGAUGAAGAGUCUUAACUCGAAACGUCGCCCCAUUAUUUUGUAUGUACAUUUGAAACAGUAAUAUCACCACUUGCCCGUGAGUGAUGCCAAAAAAACGAUUUACUAUUAUACAAUAUACAAUAUAUCAAACUCUACGAUUCUUCCCCUCUCUGUCGUGGAGUAAACUGAGACUGAGAUAGACCCCCCCCCCACCUUUGCACAUCCCCAAAGCCUUACCAGUCGUCACUUUAUUUUCAUGUUUCAUGCAUUUUGUGUUUUUUAUAAUUGUUAGCAAAUUCAUUUCCUUCCUGGGAUAAAUAUUCUAUCGUAUUGUUUCGUAGAAAUGUGAUUUAAAUACCAUACUGGCCUUUGAUCUUGUGUCUGAAUUUAAUUUUAUUUGUCUUCCGUUUCCUUUAUGAUGUAUUUUUUUGUCCAUGUAACUAUAACACGGCACUCCAGAGUAAAUCAUUUAAAGUCAUUUUAAUCCCUUUUAAAAGAAAGUAUUUAGAAAUCUUAUCUAUUUUUAGUAUUUGUAUUUGGGGGCGGCAUAUUGGCGCAGUGGUAGAGAUGGUGCCACACAGCGCCAGGGACCCAGGUUCGAUCCUGACUGCUGGUGUCUGUGCUGUCUGUACGGAGUUUGUACAUUCUCCCCAUGACCUGCUCCAGUUUCCUCCCUCAUCCCAAAGACGUGCAGGUUUGUAGAUUAAUUGGUUUCUGUAAAGUCCCUAGCGUGUGGGAUAGAACUAGUGUACGGGGGUGAUUGCUGGUUGGCACAGAUUUGGUGGGUCAAUGCUGACUAAAUCAUUCCAGACUAAACUAAAUCAUAUCCAACUUCACCAAUGCUGUGAGAACAAGACAGUACGUAAUAUUGUUUUUUCACCAUGAGAGAAUAGCGGACCUCAUUUACAUGCCUGUUAUUUGCAGAAUUGUUCAUGACAGGAAAUCAAACAACUUCUCUGCAUCAGUGUCAUGUUUCUGUUACAUUAUUCAUCAAUGCCGCUGCAGAUGGGAACUGCAGAAUUUUCUUUGGAAUAAAUGUCUCUCUGUAAAGCUAAUAAAGCUGUUUUCCUUUUCGAUUAAUUGUGACGUGAUUUGAAUAAGUAGAAUAAGUCGUAUCAUGUUUUCCAUCGAAACAAGGGAGCAAAGUUGCCACAUUUAGCAGUCUGUUUCUGUCAUUCAAUAAUUCACUCACAGCAUAUGCUUUGAAUUAAAUAACAAAUAAAGUAAACAUGCGAAAAAAGAAUUGUCAGCGCGCGAGUGCAAUCUGAACACGAUUGCUAAUUACCGCAGAGCUUUUAUUCAGACUGAAAAUUAAAAAAA